CUUACAAUCAUUGAAGACAGUGCCAGCAACACUUGCUGUUUCAUAGCAACUUCUUCUUCCUUCUUGCUGACGGCGAGUCCAUAACUACUGUUUGCAUACUCUCCAACCGUUGUUUCCUCACGAAUUGAUCCCAGUCACUCUGCAUCACUCACCGCCACCAUGAAGAUCUUCUACAUCGGAGUAAGCCAACAGCAACUACGACAACCCUCCGCAGGCCAAGGCACGAGACAACCCCUACUGACACCGCCAUCAGAUCCUACGGAAUGACCCUGCUCCCACCGCCGAACUCGCCGUCGAACGAGACUUGUCCUCCUUCUCCCGCUUCACCCGCGACAGCUAUGGCGAGUUCAUGACAAUGUUCUCAAAGACAGUCGCCGAACGUACCAAACCCGGUGUCCGACAGGACAUUGAAGAAAAAUCAUACACAUUCCACGCCUACGGCUCGAGCCAGGGCGUGGCAGGCAUCAUCAUUAGCGACGCCGAAUACCCAGCCCUAGUCGCCCAUCAACUCCUCUCCAAGAUCAUCGAUGAAUUCACAUCCCAGAACCCGCGAUCGAGCUACUCCAGUCCCAGUGUCACGAGUCGGCCGUUCCCACAGUUGAAAGAGUACAUUGUGAAAUACCAGAACCCCAAUGAGGCGGACAGUAUAAUGCGGGUGCAGCGGGAACUGGACGAGACCAAGAUCGUCCUGCACAAAACGAUUGAAAGCGUGCUGGAACGAGGAGAGAAGAUUGACAGUCUAGUGGCCAAAUCUGACGGACUGAGUGCACAGAGUAAGAUGUUCUAUCAACAGGCGAAGAAGCAGAAUUCGUGCUGUGUUGUUAUGUGAGGCUGUUGAUGUACCUGGCUGUCAUGUCCCCGUAAAAGAAUGCGGUAGCGAGUAAUUGAGCAGGUAGGAUAUGACAUGGAUAUGAGUCUUUUGGGUCAAGGCAAGCAGGCGUUAUGGUGUUUGGUGAAGACCUCGUCAAGGAUACCUUCAACAUUUCGUCCGUUUCUACCUAUCUUUACUUCAUACACCGAGGCUUCUGCAGAAGAUGUCUCCGUAUGGGGCUGCAAUGAUACCAACAAUGUCCUGUUCGCUGCGACGUCCCACAAGCAGCCUUUCAGAUGUGAUCUAGCAAUGUCUUUCAACGAGUCAUUCAUGGUCGGGCGAGACAGUCUUUGAAGAAUCAUGGACACAGGACUCCAUCC